AUGGACGCGGACGAAAUGUAUAACGUUGAUUACGUCAAGGAACGGCACAACAAUUGCGCUUGCUGCACAUCCUGCUCCGCUUUUUGCACUUCUAAAAAGCGCGAUAAAACGAAGAAAAGGAUUCCAUUACCUCGAGCACCCCCAUAUUUAUCGGGAAAAGUUGGGCAGUUUUCCCUGUUCCAGCAACGCACAUGCUACGGUUGGUGGCCAUGCGUUAGCACCUCAUUGCCGGAUGAGCAGAAAUUGGAUUUUGACGCCAGGAAGAAGAAAGAUGACGAUUUCGAGGCGCAAAAGCAAUAUGUCACGGGUGCGGUGGAACUUGAAAUGACGCUGCUAACAGCGGAAGAAGCAAAGGCUGACCCGGUAGGGAAAAAGCGCAAAAAGCCAAACCACUCGCCAUAUCUUCCAAAGCCGAAUCGCUCCCGUUUCGACGAAUUCUGGUGCCUAUCACGGACGCAUGCAUGCUGUAGUAUGUGCUGGCAUAACUGGGGCAAGCAGUGCGUUCUUAUAUCAUUAGCUGUCCUAAUUGCAGUCGUUCUGAUCGCCGCAUUCGUUUACAAGCUGCCUGAUAUUAUCGCUGCGAAAGUGUUUGGUACACGUUUGUGA